UACACGAAGAGACGCGAUUGGUGCCGAUCAGGACGCUGGUGAUUCCGCAACACACACGCAGAGCGAACGAAGGGAGCCGAGGCGCAACUUAACCACAUGUCCAUGCCAUCAAUUUGGACAGUAUAUUGUCGGAUUCGUUUUGUAAAACGAGGGGGACGACACUAACGACAGCCAGUCGAGACUGCGGCGACGCGCGUGGCUCAUUUCCUUCAACGUCCCACGAGAAAAGCUAGCGGAGCUCAGCCGGUGAAUCCACGCAGAACAACAGCCCAGCUAGCCUCAGUUAGCCUGUUAGCUAGCCGUUAGCUCGGCAGCCGCUAAAUCGUCCACUCGCCCCGCACACCUGUCCUGUGCUACAGCCGGUAACGGCGUACACCGUGGACUUUCCGUGGCCUUCCGCCAUAGUAACACCCCCCCCAUCCACCAACGUUUUAGUCUUAAGUAACGCGGCGGCACCGAAUCAGAAGAGGACCGUGACGGGUUGAGGUCGGGACCAGUGGUAUCAAGCGGUGUCCUCAAGUGGCCGUUCACCAUGGACAACGCACACACAAAGACCGUGGAAGAAGUUUACAGCUAUUUUAACGUGAAUGAAAGCACGGGUCUGAGUUUAGAAGAGGUGAAGAAACAGCGGGAACGAUAUGGACCAAACGAACUGCCAGCCGAGGAGGGCAAAUCCCUUUGGGAACUGGUGGUUGAACAAUUUGAAGAUUUGCUCGUGAGGAUCCUUUUACUUGCUGCCUGCAUAUCCUUCGUUCUGGCCUGGUUUGAAGAAGGAGAAGAAACGGUUACAGCCUUCGUGGAGCCUUUUGUUAUCCUACUUAUUCUCAUAGCAAACGCCAUUGUAGGAGUCUGGCAGGAACGAAAUGCAGAAAACGCCAUUGAAGCGCUUAAGGAGUACGAGCCGGAGAUGGGGAAGGUGUACCGGCAGGAUAGGAAGAGCGUCCAGAGAAUCAAGGCCAGGGACAUUGUACCUGGAGACAUUGUGGAGGUGGCAGUUGGUGAUAAAGUUCCUGCGGACAUCAGGCUGUCCUCUAUCAAGUCAACUACACUCAGAGUAGACCAAUCAAUUCUCACAGGAGAGUCUGUGUCUGUGAUCAAACACACAGAUCCGGUGCCCGACCCACGUGCUGUCAACCAGGACAAGAAGAACAUGCUCUUCUCUGGUACCAACAUCGCAGCCGGUAAAGCCAUCGGUGUGGUGGUGGCCACAGGUGGCAACACGGAGAUCGGCAAAAUCCGGGAUGAAAUGGCAUCGACUGAGCAGGAGCGCACACCUCUGCAGCAGAAGCUGGAUGAAUUUGGGCAGCAGCUGUCCAAGGUUAUUACACUGAUCUGCAUCGCCGUGUGGAUCAUCAAUAUCGGCCACUUCAAUGAUCCGGUCCACGGAGGGUCCUGGAUCAGAGGCGCCGUCUAUUACUUCAAGAUCGCGGUGGCUCUGGCAGUCGCUGCAAUUCCUGAGGGUCUGCCCGCUGUCAUCACUACCUGCCUGGCUUUAGGAACGCGCCGCAUGGCCAAGAAGAACGCCAUCGUCCGCAGUUUGCCCUCCGUGGAGACCCUCGGCUGCACAUCUGUCAUCUGCUCUGACAAGACUGGCACGCUGACCACGAAUCAGAUGUCCGUGUGCAGGAUGUUUAUCAUUGAUCGAGCUGAGCGCGAUCACUGUUCGUUGAAGGAAUUCACUGUCACUGGCUCCACCUAUGCUCCAGAUGGAGAAGUGUUCCAUGAUGGAAAGCCAGUCAAAUGUUCCCAGUAUGAUGCCUUGGUGGAGCUGGCCUCUAUCUGUGCUCUCUGUAAUGAUUCCUCACUGGACUACAAUGAGACCAAAGGUGUCUAUGAAAAGGUGGGCGAGGCCACAGAAACGGCUCUCACAUGCCUGGUGGAGAAGAUGAACGUGUUUGACACCGACGUUAAAGGCCUCUCCAAGAUCGAGCGAGCCAACGCCUGUAAUUCUGUGAUCAAGCAGCUGAUGAAGAAAGAGUUUACAUUGGAAUUUUCCAGAGACAGGAAAUCUAUGUCUGUGUACUGCACUCCUAAUAAAGCACGCUCCUUUGUUGGCAAGAUGUUUGUAAAGGGUGCCCCGGAGGGAGUGAUCGACAGGUGCACACACGUCCGUGUCGGCAACAACAAGGUGCCCAUGACCCCUGGCAUCAAGGAAAAGCUCAUGUCUGUGAUCAGAGAGUAUGGAACUGGCAGAGACACCCUGCGCUGUCUGGCUCUGGCCACACGGGACAACCCCAUGAACAAAGACGAGCUGGCGUUGGAGGACUCCACUCGCUUUGUUGAGUAUGAGACUGACCUGACAUUUGUGGGCUGCGUGGGAAUGCUGGAUCCUCCCAGGGCAGAGGUGGCUGCCUCUAUCAGGCUCUGUCGUCUUGCAGGCAUCAGAGUAAUUAUGAUCACUGGAGACAACAAGGGGACGGCUGUGGCUAUUUGCAGACGUAUUGGUAUUUUUGGAGAGGACGAUGACGUCUCCAGCAUGGCUUUCACUGGCCGAGAGUUUGACGACCUGUCACCAGCUGCGCAAAGGGACGCUGUGGUUAAGGCUCGCUGCUUCGCUCGCGUUGAGCCUUCACAUAAAUCCAAGAUUGUUGAGUUUCUGCAGUCCUACGAUGAGAUUACUGCUAUGACUGGCGACGGAGUCAAUGACGCCCCCGCCUUGAAGAAGGCCGAGAUCGGCAUUGCCAUGGGUUCAGGCACGGCCGUGGCCAAGACGGCCUCUGAGAUGGUGCUGGCUGACGACAACUUUUCCACCAUCGUCGCCGCUGUGGAGGAAGGCAGAGCCAUUUACAACAACAUGAAGCAGUUCAUCAGAUACCUCAUCUCCUCAAACGUGGGCGAAGUUGUCUGCAUCUUCCUGACGGCAGCUCUGGGGUUCCCUGAAGCUCUCAUCCCCGUUCAGCUGCUGUGGGUUAACUUGGUGACCGAUGGUCUGCCCGCCACAGCUUUGGGCUUCAACCCACCAGACUUGGACAUCAUGAACAAGCCUCCUCGCAACGCUCGCGAGCCCCUCAUCUCUGGAUGGCUCUUCUUCAGAUACCUGGCCAUUGGAUGUUAUGUUGGUGCUGCUACUGUUGGUGCUGCUGCUUGGUGGUUCGUUGCUGCUGAGGAUGGACCAAGGAUCACCUUUUACCAGCUGAGCCAUUUCCUGCAGUGUGGUCCUGAAAACCCAGACUUCAAGGAUUUGGACUGUAAGGUGUUUGAGUCCCCUUAUCCUAUGACCAUGGCUCUGUCUGUGCUGGUCACCAUUGAGAUGUGCAAUGCCCUCAACAGUGUGUCAGAGAACCAGUCCCUGCUGAGGAUGCCUCCCUGGGAGAACGUGUGGCUGCUGGGAGCCAUCUGCCUUUCCAUGUCCCUGCACUUCCUCAUCCUCUAUGUGGAGCCUCUUCCAAUCAUCUUCCAGAUCACUCCUCUGAAUCUGACACAGUGGCUGAUGGUGCUCAAGAUCUCUCUGCCCGUCAUUCUCCUGGACGAAUUCCUCAAGUUCGCUGCCAGGAACUACCUGGAGCCCGGUAAAGAGCUGGAGAAGCCUGGCGGCUCCAAAUGCUGCCCCCUGUCUGCAUGUAUGGAGGGCAUCUCCUGGCCCUUCGUGGCCGUUUCCCUCCCCUUGGUCCUCUGGAUCUACAGCACCGACACUAACAUGGCCGACAUGUUCUGGUCCUGACUGACUUGAGCACAACCUCGAUAUUUUGUUUUCUCCCCCAUUCCCCACCCACUGCCAUCACGUCCCUCUUUCCUCUCCUCUCUCCUCUCUCUCCCCCCUCUCUGCCUUCCUAAAUGUGCAUAGCUAGCGUGUGUGCGCGUUUGUAGAGUUAGUGUGUGUGCUUGUGCGUGCCUACUGCGUGCGUACGAGAAGGACCAACGUUAACACAUGAAACGUAACGAAUAAUAUAAGAUGUUAACAUUGAGAAGCUGCCUGUUUUAAGUUGGGUUAGGACUUGUGAAUGGGUGGGGCUUUAAAUGUGAGUGUUAGAAGACCAUCGCUCCCAUAGCUGUGGAUUUUGUUGCUGGUUUGAAAGAAAUAUACUGUUGCCAGUUCUUUUUUUUUUCCUAUUAAUGUCAAUAUUGCCUUCAAGGUUUAUAUUUUUAAUGAUGUUGGGAAUAUCCUAUGUCCUAUGUCACUACAAUAACAACAGCAAAAUUGUUCUGUUCAGCUUCCCUCUUGAUGAAAAGAAAAUUUAACACAUCGAAAAAAAAAUUAUUUGAUCUGUACAGAGAUUGAACACUAUUUUAUGCAACUUUUUUUUAAGGCUUUGUAAAUUGUUUGACCAGUGUGGCUUAGACAUACCGCCUUCAUUUAUCUUCUAAUGUUUACCAUUGUGUCUUCAGUAUAAACUCAGAACUCUUUCAGAGAGGACAAGCUCCAUGUGGCAGACAAGGACCCGGGGGAAAGGUUUGGGAUGUUCAACUUAAACAAAUGAGAGAGGAAAAAGAAAAAAAAAAGAAAAAAAAUCCUGAAAAACAAAAAGCCGCAUGUCCUGUGACCAAGCAUGAACUGUACGUGGUUUCUCAUUUCUAAUUUAAUUGUAUAUGUGCCCCAUGUUAGAGCGUAAAUUAACUUCCUGGAUGUUUUUUUUUUUUUUUCUUUUUUUUUUUACUAUUUUGAUUGAGAAUAAGUCAAUUUUUCUGCACUGGGCAGAGCACAGCUACCUCAAUAUGAUAAAAGAUUUUGUUUGCUCAUCUCUGGAUGCUCCUCAACAGUCUUGCUAAAGCGUAACAUCUGAGGUGUGCCCCUAUUUGCUUGUGCAGAAAAUGAAGAACAAAAUCUUCCUCGCCCCUCUUAACAGUUUUAAGGAUAUAUUUUGUUUGUACUGAUUUGUGACAUUCAUUAACUUUAUUUGUGUUUUGCUCUGGAGACGGAACUGGGUGGGGAUGCUGUGUGUUAAUUGCCAUCUCCAUGACGUUUGAUUCAAAGGACAGUAACAUUAAAAUUUUAUGGAAAAAGAUACUAAUAUAGAAAAUACUUCAAAUGAAGUUGGAUUACAAAUAAAAACCCAAAAUGAUUCCUUUUUUUUUUUUUUUU